AUGUUUACUUUAGGAAUAUAUAGAAUGGCAACCACCAGGUUAAUACCAAGUGUGAGAUUCAAUUCAACCACCACUAAAAUCACCACACCAUUAUCAUGGGUUGAUUUCUUUCAACUUAAAAAACAAAGUAAUAGAAUUAAUUUAGUAAGUGGUAUUUUCACAGGUAUUGGAGGAGCUUUAUUGACAUUGAGUUAUUUGGGAAAUAUUGAAAUAGAUGUUGAGAAACCAAUUUAUGGAUUUGAUCCAAUUUUGGUAUUAGGUGGAGCAGUUGUAUUAGGUGGAUUUGCUGGUUUUUUAGUAGGACCAAGUUUUGGUUCUCUAAUUUUCAAAGCAAUGAAUAGAUCAAAAUUACAAGCUUUUGAAAAUAAAAAUAGUUUCUUUUUAGGGAGAUUGAAAAAUAAAAGACCUGAUCCUUCAAGUCAAAGUUUUUCGAAUCCAAUACCAGAUUAUUAUGGUGAAAGAAUCUAUUCUUUGAAAGAUUAUAAACAAUGGUUAAGAGAUUGUAAUGCAUUUAGAAGAAAAGCAAAAGAAUUUUUGUAA